UGUUGUCACAAAUGUCAUACUUCUUUUACUUGUCAGUUGUCAAAGUGUAAACACCAUUUCAAUAUGAAGAUCGGGCUCUGCGCCUACAGCGGGUACAAAAUAUACCCCGGUCAUGGGAAAACAAUGGUCAAAGUUGACGGAAAGACGUUCACUUUCCUCAACUCGAAAUGUGAACGAGCUCACCUAAUGAAAAGGAACCCUCGUAAAGUAACCUGGACGGUCUUGUAUAGGCGCAAGCACAAAAAGGGCCAACUGGAAGAGGCCAGCAAAAAGAGAACCCGCAGGACUCAAAAGUUCCAAAGGGCCAUCGUAGGUGCUUCUCUCAACGAUAUUAUGGCCAAAAGAAACCAAAGGCCAGAAGUGAGGAAAGCCCAACGGGAACAGGCCAUUCGUGCUGCAAAGGAGCAAAAGAAGACCACGAGGGUUGCUAAGAAGGCUACAGCUCCAGCUAAAGCUAAACCUGCACCUAAACAGAAAGCCAGCAAGAAUGUACCCAAAGCUGCUCCGAGGGUAGGAGGAAAACGUUAAUUUUUAUAAGCGUUAAACAAUAAAUUAGGUAUUUUC